AUGUGCUCCUGGGCCGUCCCCUCCACCUGCCCCCCAUCCCCCCGGGCGGCCGCAGCGUCCCCUUUAAAUGCCCGGGAGCCGGAGCCGGAGCCCGAGCUGCCGCCGGCGCUGCGGCUGCUGCAGCACCCGGGCCCACCGCAGUCCCCGCACGUCACAAGCGACUGUCCAAUCAUAGCGGCGCCGGCGCACAUCAAAGGGGCGGGCGGCGGACGAGCCCCGCCUCCCGGCUGCCCCGGAGGCUUCCGGAGCGCACCGAAACCCUAUGGAGAAAGUUCUGUGCGGCUCGUGGAGAACGCCUCUCACCUUGGCUGUUCAGUUGUUGCCAUCAAUCAUGCUGUUGACUUUAAGGAAAAGAAACAGGAAAUUGAAAAUCCAGUAGCUGUUUCAGAACUCUUCACAACUUUGCCAAUUGUAUGGGGAAAAUCAAGACCGAUCAGAAUUUUAACUAGACCGACAAUUAUCAUUUCCGAUCCCUCUCACUACAAUGUUUUGAGAGCAGCUUCUUCAAGGGUCCGCCUGUAUGAUAGUGUUGCAGUUUUUCCAAAGACAGAAAAACUUUUUCAUGCUGCUUACACACAUUUAGAUGUGGACCUAUUCUUACUUCAAAAGAGCCCCCUAGCAAUGGCAAUUGACCGAGGCAUAGGCUUUGAAAUUGUCUAUAGCCCUGCCAUCAAAGACUCCACAAUGAGAAGGUACACAAUUUCCAAUGCCCUCAAUUUGAUGCAGGUCUGCAAAGAAAAGGAUGUAAUUAUAUCCAGUGCUGUAGAAGGGCCUUUAGAAAUAAGACGACCAUAUGAUGUGGCAAACUUGGGGUUGCUGUUUGGGCUGUCUGAAAGCGAUGCCAAGGCUGUGGUGUCCACCAACUCCAGAGCAACAUUACUUCUCCACAGAGACACUAGAAAAACUGCUUUUGAAAUUGUCUCCAAAGUGAAGAAACCCCGGUCAUCAGAAGGGGAUGAUGAUUCUCUGCCAGCUUGCAAGAAAGCUAAGUGCAAGAGCUGA